GUAAGUUAUAUUUUCAAUAUUUCCUCCUCUCCCAAACCUACAGAUUUGAGAUACUACAUGAAGGACCAGCUUGUAUCCGAAACACAAUUUCAACUUUUAAUUAUUUCAAUUUGGUGAUAAAAUUAUUCCUUUCAAGGAUUCUGAGAAACGUGAAUCACCAAGGAUCGCUCGGGAUUGAGUUCACAGGUUUGACGUCGCCACAUGUUCUAGAGACCUUGCUUCUCAAACAUCAACAACUUAGCUGCCAAAUGUUGUUUCCUUCUGCUCUUCUCAUCAAUUUAUUUCUUAAUUUCAUGGAGAUGGUCCGUUAAUUGAAAGCUUUCGUCCUUACACAUGAAGGCAAUAUCAUAAUGGAAGGUUUAAUAUGGUUCCUUUUUGUUUAUUGCUUAGGUGGUCUCACAUUUCUUCCCCUCGUCGUAAUAGCAAUACUACUUCACGCAUACUCUACAUUCCCAGUUCACGAUGAUAUCCAUUCGCGAGAAGCUGAUGAGUCAAUCCUUCGACAUGGCGAUGAUACCGAUGCUAUUAAGUCAGCACAGAAAUCCUUGGGAGAAAAAUUCCAACUUCACAACAACCAUGAGGCAGAUGUAGCUGCUGGGUAUUUCGCUAUAUCCAGGGAAUACUCACCGGGCGGCGUGAACGGGAAGCCGCCAGAACGUGCAACACCCGUGGGGUCAGCUACAGUCUCUGCGCCCAGCCCCAGCGUUUAUCAGAGCAUGUACAGAAGCCUGUUCGAGAGGAAGACUAGCAACGGCCCGCUGGAUAAUAAGGCGGCGGGGAAACCACAGAAGAAGGGCGGGAAUGUGUUUUAUGUGGUCUUGAGGUAAUUCCAUGGGCAGCUCAAAUACCUUUGAUGUAUUAUAAGAUGUACUGACGAUUAGUUCAGGCAUGGGCAUCUGAUGCUUUUUGACGAUGAAGAUCAGCUCGAAGUUCGUUACGUAGUGUCAUUGGCACAUCACGAUGUUAGCAUCUACUCGGGACCGAAUGAUAUUACACCAGAAGGAGAAUUGUUUAUAAAAAGAAAUGCUAUUUGCUUGUCAAGGAAACAGGGUGUUGGUGAGAUAACUGCCGACGGCAAGCCUUCUCAGCCCUUCUAUUUGUUCUCCGAAAACUGCUCCGAUAAGGAAGAUUUCUAUUUCGCGCUUCUUCGAAACCAAGACUCGGACUCGACUCCAAAACCGCCGAUUCCACUGCAGUACGAUGUAAAAGAUAUCAUUACUCUUGUUCAAAGGCUGCAUUCGUCCGAAGAACAUCUUCAGACAAGGUGGAUCAAUGCACUAGUUGGCCGUGUGUUUCUUGCGCUGUACAAGACGCCAGAUAUCGAGGAUUUUAUUCGGACGAAGAUUACAAAGAAGAUAUCGAGAGUCAAGACUCCUAAUUUUUUAAGGCAAAUCGCUCUCCGCAACGUAAAUAUGGGAGAGGCAGCACCGGUAAUCACGAAUCCACGUUUGAAGGAUCUGACCGUAGAUGGAGAGCUCGUUGUAGAGGCCGAUGUUCGCUACACUGGCAAUUUCCGUCUCGAGGUUGCCGCAAUAGCUCGUCUUGAGCUUGGCGCGCGAUUUAAGGCUCGAGAAGUGGACCUAUUGUUAGCCGCUGUCUUAAAGAAGAUUGAGGGGCACAUGCUACUUCGAAUCAAGCCCCCUCCCUCAAAUAGGCUAUGGGUUACAUUUGAGACCAUGCCAAAGAUAGAUAUGACAAUAGAGCCCAUUGUGAGUUCACGACAGAUUACAUACACAUUGAUUCUUCGUCAGAUUGAGAACAGGAUCAAGGAAGUUAUCGCUGAAAGUUUAGUCUAUCCAAACUGGGACGAUUCGCCAUUUGCCAGUACUGUAGGCAAGCUAUGGAGAGGUGGAAUCUGGGCAGAUGACCGGCGCGCGGAACAUUCUCAGGAAGCCGAAGCCGUGCCCGCUGAGCAUGGAGACGUGGACGAGGUAGAGAUUUCAGAGGCUGAACACGAAGAAUCGACAUCUACGCCACAGAUUGAAAAGAGUUACAGCACUCCUGUGCUUGAUACCAAACUUUCUAACACAAUACAUUCACGCAAAGGCACAAAGUCCACUUCAAACCUCACCAACCCUUUCCCUAGCAGCUCAUCUACUGGAAUAGAUGCGCGACCUUUAACGGGCGACAAACCAAGAGUCCUUCGUUCAGGAUCCUUUGCUAAUGCGUCUAGUCCCGUCGUUACUACUGACAUAACAAACGCAGACGCUUUCAAGCCUUCGAGCCCUCCCGAAGGUGACCACGCUGCAACCGCCAUGGCUAAACUGUCCGCCAAAACGGAACUCCCUGUACAGAGUCCUACUGGGUCUCCCAACCGACCAACAAAUUUUAAACCAAGUAGUAGCCAAUCUUCAUCAUCUUCACGGGACUCCUCACAUUCCGAGAAGGCUGAUAUGAGCAAUUCCAUACCACAAGUUUCUUUGGAGCCAUCAUCACUCACGGAUACGUCUAGUAUCAAUUCUUACCCCACAAGUCCAGCAAGUUUAAGUACUACAUCAAUAAGGUCAGAAUUGUCAGCUUCUAAAAAUUUUGGCACCCCAAAACGUGAGAAUACCGCAUCUUCAACAAAAUCUUCAGCCUCGGAGAACAGACGACUGUCGCUUGCCGCUGUCACCAAUGCAGCGGCAACGGCUAAAACUUGGGGAGUAAGUUUAUAUUGUUGUCCUUUUCAGCGUUCUCAUCCAUCGUGUUUUGAGAAAUGCUUAGGCAGUGCGCCUAUGCUACAACACUACAUGCUACUCAUUUUGUUUAUGCUCGGAUUCAAUGGAAGUGCGACUGAUAUAUUUCACAGUGGAAUGCUAUUCAACGACGUAGCGAGCAGAGAGGGAGCAGCUCAUCGGGAUCAACCGAAACAACCCAGCCACGCGUCAUGGGACGCGGACAGCCGCUACCUCCUCCCGGCGUUCCUCUGCCUCUCCCAGACAAGAAAACAAAAACGGCUCCAAUCCCCGUGCCUAAGCGGAAGCCAAUGCCUCCUCCUGUUUUGCCACAAAGGCAUGAAAGAGAACCUCCAACCGGUCGCCAGCAUCACACUGCUCCACCACCGCCUUUGCCUAGGCGUAAUUCUAGGAAGGAGGCGGACACUGCAGAUGAUGGUCUUUUGAUUGUGUCAGCGCCAUCAGAACCGACAACACCGGUAACUGAAGAUUCGCCACAAUACAUGCAACCGUGGGUGGAUGAUGUGGACGAGAUGGAUGAAAACCAACAAGCUCAAGCUGACGCCCCUUCACCUGCCUCUUCCGUCGCUCGUGAGCGCCCGCAACUUCCAAAGAGGCGGCAUCCACGUCGAGUUAUCUCAAGUAGCCCUGAAGAAGACGGGCAUAAAUUGCCAUCCUGGAUGGCGGCACAAGAGCAAGAAGCUCGGGCUAAAAGUACUUUUGUCGAUGAAGAUGCAGGUCUUUGAGCUAUGUAAUAUGUUGUUGGGCUGUCAUAUUGAUUACGUGGAGCAAGUCUGGUGCAUAAACGGCGCUGUAUACAUACAAGUCUGUUGGGAUCACAUUGGACGUAAGAAAUUGGUUGGUUAUCUUAUCUUACAUUGGCAGGCGCUGUAUGGUUAUCGGUUCAUACGGAUAUUAGGUAGAACGGAAUGAUAUAAAAUGAAUUAUGAA